UCCAAAAGCACAGCCGACUCUUGUUCUCCUUAUACUGAACUCUUUGGAGGAGAAGUGGACUAUUUUAACCGUGUACAGCUGACGUUUGUUGAAGUAAAAAAUGGAUGUCAAGUUCACUGAUGCCGUGAAUUGGAAGCCAAACGUCAGCUGUCAGUUCAGUUGAUGGGAAGUCGAAGUAGCAGCAAGCUAUCCUGUUUGCACAAAGGCAGCGCUAGCCUGUUGGCUUGUUGUUUUUUAAUGCGAUAACAAUGUUGUUUUAGCAGUUUGUGACUGUCAGCACCCUUUCUGCAUCUAGUUUUAACAACGGAGCUAUGCAUGCAUCCAUUAAUGCAUUGCAAUGCAUGUCCCUCCUGCUGUAAACUUGAGAGCAGGCCCUGCUUUUUACCUUUCUACACAGUUUGCAUGCAGCUUGUUUACACAUUUUCGACAUGUUGACACUUCAUUUACUCUGAUGAUGCUGAGUUGCUGGAUGUGGUGUGAACAUCCAUAUGCAAAAGGUUGUAAGCAUGAAGCUAUGUUUUUAAGUUAGAGAAUAUAUUGCGUUACAUACAUGUAGAUGGUGACAGCGUUAACAAGACUGUUACAACGACGGUAUAAAGUUUAUUACAGUACUGGGUGUUGAAGCGUUGUUUCUUAAACCUGAGAGUCUUAACACCAAAGUAUUAAACUAUAAAUGAAUGCAGUAAUAUGUAUGUCUAGCUUUAUGUAUUAAUUACCCCCAACUCAGUCCCUGUCCCUGGUUAACCUCAAAGGCCUUGUAGUGUGCUCUGUUUCCCUGCGGGAGGGUUUCAUAAUGUCCAUUAUGCCUUUUAGGGCUUACCCCUGUGCAACAAGCUAUGUAAAGAUGACAGCCAGGAAAUGUCCAAUAAGGAAGCAAAUCCUUGCAGCAGUAGUCAACAGGGAGCAGAGGACCUGCAUGUGUAUGAGAGUGAGUGCCCCAUGGAGGAGCUGCACAGCCUGGACCCCAGGAGACAGGAGCUGCUGGAGGCCAGGUUCACUGGAGCCGUCAGUGGAAACACUGUAGGCAGCACUGGGAGCACCAGUGGAGGAGCUAAGGGGCUGGCAAAUGAGUCCUCCAACCACAGCUAUGGCAGUCUGGGCUCAUCCAGUGACAAGGAGUCGGAGAACUCUGAUUUGAAAAGAGGGAGCUCCCCUGCCUACUCAACCCCGGAGAAGAAGCACUCAGAGUCGUCCAGGGGGAGGAAAAGGAAAGCCGACACCUAUUCAGAGAGUAGUCAAGGAAAGACGUCCACACGUGGGCCCAAGAUCAGUGACUACUUUGAUUUCCAGGGUGGAAAUGGUUCCAGUCCAGUGAGAGGCCUCCCGUCAGCUCGUCGAUCUCCGCAGAGCUCCCACUCUGCUCCUGGCUCAAUCAUCCGGCAGAAUAGCUCCUCUCCUACCAGUCUAUGUUUCGGGGAACACAACCCGAAAGCCUCCUCCAGCAAGUGUGUGCAGACCGAGUUAACGGGCCUGAAGCUUGCUGCUCUGGAGAGCAACAAGAGUCUGGACCUGGAAAAGAAAGAGGGCCGAAUAGAUGAUCUUCUCAGGGCUAACUGUGACCUGCGGAGACAGAUAGAUGAACAGCAGAAACUUCUGGAAAAAUACAAGGAGAGACUCAAUAAGUGCAUCACCAUGAGCAAGAAACUGCUCAUAGAGAAGAGUACCCAGGAGAAGCAGUCGUGUCGGGAGAAGAGCAUGCAGGACCGUCUCCGUCUCGGUCACUUCACCACGGUCAGACACGGAGCGUCCUACACGGAGCAGUGGACCGACGGAUACGCAUUCCAAAACCUGAUCAAGCAGCAGGAGGGCAUCAACCAGCAGAGGGAGGACAUAGAGCGACAGAGGAAGCUGCUGGCAAAGAGAAAGCCUCCAAACCCUGCGUCUCCCUCCCUCUCUGUCGCCUCCACCUCCGAACCCAAGCAGCGCAAAACUAAAGUUGUCAACGGCAACGACUCGGACCCCUUCCUCAAACCGUCCUUACCACAGCUACUGACCCUCGCUGAGUACCACGAGCAGGAGGAAAUCUUCAAGCUUCGCCUUGGACACCUUAAGAAGGAGGAAGCUGAGAUCCAGGCCGAGCUGGAGCGGUUGGAGCGGGUGAGGAACCUCCACAUCAGAGAGCUGAAGAGGAUAAACAAUGAGGACAGCUCAGCGUUUAAAGACCAUCCCACCCUGAAUGAGAGGUACCUGCUGCUGCACUUGCUGGGCAGGGGCGGCUUCAGUGAAGUUUAUAAGGCUUUUGACCUGUUUGAGCAGCGCUACGCAGCAGUUAAAAUCCACCAACUCAACAAAAACUGGAGGGAAGAGAAAAAGGAAAACUACCACAAGCAUGCAUGCAGAGAGUACCGGAUACACAAGCAGCUGGACCAUCCCAGAAUAGUCAAACUAUACGACUAUUUCUCCCUGGACACUGACACGUUUUGUACGGUCCUCGAAUUCUGUGAAGGAAACGAUCUGGACUUCUACCUGAAACAAAACAAGCUGAUGUCAGAGAAGGAGGCUCGCUCCAUCGUCAUGCAGAUAGUCAGCGCCCUGCGUUACCUCAACGAGAUCAAACCGCCCAUCAUCCACUACGACCUCAAACCAGGUAACAUCUUAUUGGUGGAUGGCACAGCAUGUGGAGAGAUCAAAAUCACUGACUUUGGCUUAUCGAAGAUCAUGGAUGACGAUAACUACGGUGUGGACGGGAUGGACCUCACAUCACAGGGAGCGGGAACCUACUGGUACCUUCCUCCAGAGUGUUUUGUGGUGGGGAAGGAGCCGCCUAAAAUCUCCAACAAGGUGGACGUCUGGUCUGUGGGAGUGAUCUUCUUCCAGUGCCUCUACGGACGAAAGCCGUUUGGUCACAACCAAUCACAGCAGGAUAUUCUCCAGGAAAACACCAUCCUCAAAGCCACAGAGGUCCAGUUCCCCGCUAAACCACAGGCUAGCACAGAGGCCAAGGCGUUCAUCCGCCGCUGUCUGGCCUACCGCAAGGAGGACCGAUUCGACGUUCACCAGCUGUGCUCAGACUCGUACCUCCUCCCUCACAUGAGACGUUCGAACUCUUCGGGCUCCCUGCAGCCGUCCGCCUCCUCUCUCCCCACCUACUGACUUCCCCUCUCAUGUGACUGACAGGACUAUCCGGCCACGCCACAGGCAGGAUUGUGCAGGUUUUUGUUUUGGUUUAACCUGAGCUGUUCCUGGAUGGAUACAUUAGCAACGGAGCAAAAGUAAAUGGAAACGAUGGAAUAGAAUAAAGGAAUGGGAGUCUACUGUGAGGAGAGUUUUGCCCUUGAACUCAACUGUGAGAGAAAGGGGGGAAAGAAGAGACCAGGACAAAAGAGGUGGAAUGAAAAGAAUUGAAAGAAAGGCUUGGGAGUGUUUAAACAAGACGAGAGAGAAAAUCUCUUUAUGGACUUUACUUCAUAAUCCAGUAGGAGACAUUUAAACAUCCAUAGUGGUUCCUAGAGGCCAUCUCCUCAGCUCUCUUAGCUCUAAGUGGAGAGAAACACCUCGCAUUUCUUCAACAUAGAGUCGCUGUUCUUGAUGUUCUCUUGUUGCUAAUAUGAGCGUCGUGUUGAGAAGAAGAGGGUGAGCAGCCGUGUGCAGAAGAGGAGGUCGAGUCUCUGCACGUCAAAUAUGAACUUCACGUUUAAAUCAACUCCUUAGUCUAAUGUUAUGAGGCACAACAUGAUGGUUACGUGUCAUUGAAUUAACCCUUAACUUAAAAAUCAUUUUGUAACUUUCCUGGGACUUGACUAAAAAGAUAAAUGUUCCAGAUUAAAUAUCUGGGCUCGAUUUGCACUUCUGGUCCGGGUCGCAAUGAUCGGCCUCACACACAUUUUGGCAUGAAGUUCUUCAGCGCGGGCUGGUGUCGCAGUCCUCCGUUCACUUUUACGUUGAAAUGCGAAGCAGUCCAGAUCUGCUGCUGGGUUUACAAUAAGUGGGUCUGUAAAAUCUGUCUUAAUCCAUUUUUGUUGUUCAGAUUAGAGUCCAAAUGUUCCAAAGAGCAGCACCAUGUUGUCCUCCUCGUCGAGCUGCCCGCAGAGAGUCGGACUGGAUCAGUUACCGUGCUGCAAGGACUCAGAGUUCAGUGUACAUUUCCUGUGCAGGAGACAUUACUCACUAGCAAAUACAACAUAAUGAGGCUUUUCUUUGCUUCUCGGUGUCUCACUUCUCUUUGUGUUCUCAGUUUGCUGCUAUAAAUGUUGCUUUUUAGUUCCUAACGUGGGGGUGGUUUCUGCCUGGCAUAUGUGUGUACUUGAACUGUGUUCAGGGGAACGUUCUCCAGAGCCCCCCUAUCUCUGAAAUGGACCCCCACUGUGCUGUUUAAAGCAGGGAGCUUCAAUACAUUCAUCGAUGUCCCUGUGGGUUUUUGUUUACUUUCAUGCACGAGUCUGAAGCUGUUUUCACACAUGCACUCCUGAAAAAGACAGGACAGCCGGACCUGGAAAAAAGUUGUUAUUCUCACGUGUCCCUCAAAGCAUUUGCUGUGGGACACGGCGGGGGGGGGGGGUCUCUGGAGACAAGUCAAGAAGCUGAGGUUGUAAUGUUUACAAGAUAUCCAAGAUGGCAGAUGCAGCAACAGAGUCUGACACUAUGCUACAAUGCUACAUGUAAUUGGAACAAAUUCACAAUAUAAAUGAAAGAGUGGAAAGAAGCAGCUUCCUCACAUCGCACCAGUCUCGUCAUAUAAACUCCAUCACCCCUUCCCACCUGUUCACACUGAGCUUUCCUGCUACGUUCACACAUCGGCUCAUCCCGACGUCAUACAGAAUUUUUACAAGGGAGCUGGCAGGAGAAAUCCUGGAUAAAGCUGUGGUCUGUUUUCAUUCAAUCAUUCAACUCACAUUUUCAGGAGUUGUGUACAUGUGUGAACAGACAGACAUCAUAUGGAGCAAGAGCUCUUUGCUGUGGGGAGUGGCCACACUAUGCCAGGUUGUUGCAGCACGAUUCACUGCAGCGCCUCGUCAAGUGGAAACAUCCAAAUGUUGUCGUCGUGUAAAUAAAACUCUUCCCUGCACGCCGGAGUGACAUUUGAAACCCUCUCAGAUGUUCGUGGGUGCAGGUAACAGCAGGUAUAGGUGUCUCUUCUCUCUGCGCUCUCACCUUCUUUACAAACAAGUCUUAAUCAAUUUUCUGUGUGGGGAAAACAAGGUGUAGAUUCAGCAACAUGACAGGCAGAUUAAGCUGCAGGAAGUACCCGCUCACGACUUGCUGCUCCUCAAUAAAAGAAAAUCAUGAAGUGAA